UGAAAGGCGCCCGAGUGCCAUUCCGUGCAGCGUGUCUUGGGGAAAAACCAACUUAUUAUAUUUGGAUCCACCUAAAUUUGGAAUUCCCCGCAAAAUCAAUAACAAACUGGAGCAUCUUAUCUCUUUUCGUUAUUGUAAACUUGAGUAACACAUUGAAAGGCAAGCACGAUGAAGAAAGUGUUAUUAACAAAAUCGCAGCUCAUUCAACCAGUCAUCCCAGACGGAUCGGAUUUAUUGUUAGCCAAACAACCAACUCCAGUUCGAUUGAUAUCGAUGCCCGCCCCAAUGGGCACCACGACCUAUAUCCAGAGGAAGUCCUGUCAGGUUAUUUACGAGGAAAUAUUUAAAUUACUGAUGCGCCUCCCCGAUAAAGCUCUCACCCAACGGGUGAUCGACGCUAUUAAUAAUCGCAGUUCUAGUGAUAAGGUCGCUAUCUCUAAUCAAGGUAAACAAUGUUCUUGUCGGGCCCAAAAAGUGGAUUCCUCGACGCAAACGGAAACGGAGCCCCAGGAAAGGACUACUAAACCCCUGAAACGGCCUGAUCUAAUAAAUGAAUCAUCUACGGGGAAUACCAAUAGCCCCCAGGCCACAUCAAGUUCCAGUCAUAUAAAAACACCUAAUGAACCCCAAAAAGUUCCUAAAAAGCGCGGACGAAAGCGAAAUACCUGCGUGCCACAGGUGGUCAAAAGAUCUGCGGCUGAAAUGGCGCUUCAGGAGCGAGAAGAAAAGCAACUGACACCUGUUGUCACCAAGAAGAAAAAACAGGAGGCGCCUGAUUUUUUUAAUGCUGCGGAAAAUAUGCACUCGAAAGCUACCCCUCAGCGUCGUGAAUCCACCAAUUCUAUUAUAUCUUUAAAUUUUGAUGAGAUGACACUGGUGGAGGACUAUAUAAAUGGCAGUAAUAAAGACCGAAUUAUACGGAUAAUGGCUAAUGAAUUCAAAAAGGCCCGUAUAAUGUCCGAAGAAGGUUUGCUGCCCAUCCACGAUGAAAUACUGGAUGGGAAUGUUUUUGGUGUAAACCGCCAAAUAUUUGUGUGCCUACACGACAAAAUGGAUAUCAACGAACUGCUCACCUCUGAUGGAGAGGAUUGCCUGGAACUUGCACUGACGAAUGACGCGGAUACGGAGAUUAUAUCACUAAUUUUGAGUGCUCAUUGCCAUACCGAUAAUCUCUACGAGAACUCAAAUACAGCUCUACAUCUGGCUGUCAUAAAUAAUAUAAAUAUUGAGUCUUUUAGGUUACUAAUGCGUAGAAUCGAUUUAAAUAUUUUACUACUAACCAACGACGAUGGCUAUACAGUUUUGCAUCUGGCUGUGAGAAAUAAUCAAUUCUUAAUUGCGGAAGCAAUACUGGAUAUUAUAGACGAGCGAGAAUUGGGGGAAACUGUAUACAGGAGAACACAGGAGUCUUCAAAUGCAAAUGACGCGGAUGAGAAGGCUUUUGCUAAGUACUAUGAUCGUGCCUGUGAAAGGCUGGAGUUGAGUAAACAAAAGUUGAAGAACCGUCGUCAUAAAAUGGAUGUGAUUAACGCAUCCGAGGCCAGAGGUGGUAAUCCGCCCCUUUUUUAUGCCGUGGAAGGGGAGCAGGAACACCUAUGCUAUUUCCUGCUGGCACACCUGGCUGAUCCCGAUGAGGAGAACUUAAGCGGGCAUUCCCCGAAAUCGUUUCAUUACGAGUACGCUCGGACAUUGCGAAUUAAUCUAAAAGUGGCACGUGUGAUGGAGAAAGUAGUUGGAAUAUUGAAUUCUUGACUUGUGCUUAUUGUAAAUAUAUUGGCUUUAAUUAA